AUGUCUAAGCCUGGAGAAGGCGGUAUCUACGUUGGAACAUUUUCUUUUGCCGCUACGAAUGCAUCAAGAGGAGAUUAUUUGAAAGGUGGCGAUGCAAGUUGCAGCUCUGAUGCGUCGGCAGGCGGUGGGGGAAGUGGUUAUUUCGGCGGCGGCGGAGGUGCAGAUCUAGCGGGUGGUGGUGGCGGAAGCAGCUACGCAUCACCAGAUCUGUACAACAUCGUUUUGCUCGGUGGUGAUAAAACAUUUAAAUCACCAAACGGAGAUGUAGUCACAGGCAACAUCGGAAAUGGCUUCAUCCGCAUUGAACUAUCUAAUCCCUUCACCCUUGAGAAGAACACGAUUUCCUGCAAAGGCACCAUCGCAUGCAAUAGUUUUAUUAUCUACUCUAUUCAACUUUUCACCAUGGGCAUGACCUCUCUCAUGCUUGCAUGA